UCCACAUUGCUAAACCCAAACGUAUUGUGAAAACAGCUCUGUUUUGUUUUUGUCCCAUGAUUACAUGGAGACUGUAUUGCACUGUGGAAAAAUAUUUUGUGCUGAUAUUCACUGACUGAAAACUUGAUACAAGAAAAUUAUUAUUGCACAUAUCUGUUGAUUGUAGUGAGAUAUUUGCUCAUUGUGAUAUUUCAAGAGUUUAAUUUAUAGAGCCCCUGGGAAUUUGUUUCAUGCGUCUGGAUGAUUUAAUAGAAUCAUUUUUUUCCAUUUGCUAAGUCUCUGCAAGGAAACAUUUAUCACAAAAAUGAAAAUCUGAGAAAAUUGGAAACUGAGAAAGUUUUCUUCGACUGAAGGCAUAAGUUCAGCAAGACAAACGACAUUUAGCAGUGACCUGACAAAAAUUCUAAUUUCUAACUGAUGUGAGAAACAUAAACCUUAUUCUACAUUUUUCCAAGGAAGAGGGACAAACCACAAAUCAAUUGUGGAUUUAUAACAGAGACUGAUAUACCAGGCAAAGUAUGAAUGAAACAGCCCUGGAAAUGACCCCAAGGACCAGCAGGUUUCUAAUAUAGUUAGUGGACAAAUCAAGGGACACUUGGCAAACACCAAUAGUGGACAUUAGAGAGGACAGUGUGUCUAGCUGACCAGCGAGAAUCUUAUUGGAGACGGUGCUCUAACCUCUAGGGAAAUCUAGAACUUCUAUGGUGGAGAUUUAAUUAGUGUCUGUGCAACAUAUAAAGAUAACUUUACUCAUUUUACUACUUUUCGGAUACCAAAAGCAGGUGAGAACUGCCGACAAGAUCUCACGUUAAGGCGUACAGCAGGCUCGAUAAUGUCAAAGUCCGCAUCCCAUCAUAUGAUGGCAAAACCAUGUCAGACGACCAAUAUUACAGUACCACAAAGGUAAACCGAGUGGUGUCUCGCGAAUUGCAGGGAGCGACGAAGGUGAAUGACUACAACUUCUCCCCGGAGUCUCAAGUGGGUCAUCCACCAAAUAAGCUCGUUGAAACUUCCGACAUACAACAGGAUGUGAUGUCAACAAAUCCCAGCGACCAUUCAGAAGCUUAUUACCUUUAUUUCAUCGCCACGGUCGGAAUCGCUCUCAAUAUAGUGGUGAUUCUGGCCAUAAUAGUACGACGUCCACUCCGAAAAAUGACCAGCGGAUUCCUUAUCCAUGCGUGUCUCCUUGACCUGUUUAAAUCGGCUUACUGCAUUCCUAUAGCCACCAACCUGCUUUCUCAGACCAAACCAGUUGACUGUGAUUUUUUCGGAGCUAUGUUUGUGAUACUCGUCACCACCUCCGUGUUCAAUAUGGUUGCCAUGGUGUGUACGGAAGCCUACACAUUUGGCGAGAAAAACAUCGGAGGCAACUCAAAAGGCACAGUAAUCUGUAUCAUGUUUGGCAUAAUUCUAGUGUAUAUUGGUAGCAUCAUACUUCAUCUGGGUCCAACACUUAUUGGCGGUCAUUUUGAUUUUCAACCCGAAAUUGGCAGUUGUUCGUUUACGUUCGGAAAACAGACUGGUUAUGUUGCACACAUCAUGUGGGUGAUUAUCAGCACAGUGGCGAUGAUAGCUGUGUUUCACUUUAUAUACAGAUUGUAUAAGGAGAUACAAAUCAAUCGACCAAACAGAGUUUCCUUCCUUGUGCGCACCUCGAUAACUGUAAUGGAUAGUUCCACUAGCUCAACCUGCAGACUUCGUAAAAUCAUCCGCGAUGCAACUCACCGUGCCAAAAUUUUCAUCUACAAUGCUGUGUUAUAUAUAGUGUGUUGGUACCCAUACUUCUUAUUAAUCAUUCUUGACAAGAACUUUACAGUUUCACCCAAAGUUUACCAAGCGUUUGCAUUCAUUGCUUGGUCCCAAGGACCCUUGCAGCCUAUCAUGUACAUAUUUUUCGAUCGCAAUCUAAACAUUCUUGCCAAGCACAUGUACUGUGAUAAAUACCGCUAUGAUAUCGACACAAUCAUACAAAUGAUGAUGAACAGACACCGAACUUCUGAACAGACAGACCCAAGAUUUCAAGAUCGGGAUGCCUCCUUCUCCAGUUCUGAGCCCCCGAACAAUCUUGAUGCACAUAGGAGGCCAAGGAAUAAUGUAUUGAACGAGCACAGAAACAUUUGUAUGGUGCAAAAUACUUCCAACCACAACACUCAGAACCUUGCCCUUAACAUACCAAACAUGGAGCCUAUAGACUUGACCCAGCAGCUGGUUCCUUGCUCUAACAUACCACCAGCAUCUGAGGGGUCGGAAGAAUUACCACCCCCACCCCUUUCCCUAGCGUCCCCCCAUGGAACACCUGUUUCCUUCCACGGAGCACCCGCUCCCCCUCCAAACUUCCAAGAUACAGCAGGUACCCACUCUGGUUUCCAUGGGAACCCAAGGAUCAUUCAUGAAAGGUCAAGGACACCAGUGACACAAAUGAGUGACAAAAACUAUGAGAAUUAUAAUAGAGACAUAGCAUACACUCAUAAUGAGCUGACUGAAGUUGAAUUCUAAAAUAUUCCAUAUUUGUAAAGACAGUAUGAAAGAUUUUAGUUUAAAUAUACUGAUAAUUGAAUGUUUCUUUAACUCACGUUCUUUUUUAUUUUUUGAAUUUGACUUCCACUACCACAGAUUAGAUAAAAACUAAACUUAUCUUUGAAUCUUGCCAAAACCACUUCCAAAAUUUUGCUAAUAAUAAUAAUAAUAAUUUUCAAUUUCUUAAAAUUUUCAAGUGUAGCUUUUUUCAGAACUUGUUUGAAUCGUACAUGAAUCAGUAGCUUAUUUGAUAUUUGCAUUCUUUAAGGUUGUGUCCUAUAUGUUCUACAUGAUUAUACAUUUAUACAUUACACUUUCUAAUGUUCAUUACUUCCAUUAGCGCUGUGUAUCAAAACAACAGGGCUAAGCGCGAGACUGACGUAACUUCAUAGAAAAAGACAGAGUUACCUCCAUAUCAAGCUCAGCUUUCGCAAUAUAUUCGUGUUCUGACAUUCUUAGUGCAAAAAGUUCCUAUAGUUUAUUUUCUGCAUCUCGGGCACAUAAACAUUUGAUAAAUUGAUUUAAUCGCAGAUAAAAUCUACAGAACAGAAUAAAAAUGUUAGCACAGCGCAUAAAUCAUUCAUGUUAUCAAAUCAUGUUUGUAGAGAAGAAAUUUCAUUGUUGUUUUCAUCCACACACCGAGAGUACUGCUUGUUUAAUACGAUUAUACAGUCAUGUUGACUUGUAUGAAAAUUCUGUGAAACAAAUUAAAUAUGUAAAUACA